AUGACUGUCAAUCCUCUAAAACCUCACAUCAAGACUUUGAAAGACAUGGUUGCCAUUGCCAAUCCCACAUUUGGAGACAGUAUGGCAGUAGAGACCGGAUUUCUAGACACUAACCUGUGGCUUGAAUGGAUGAGAGACACAAUAUACUCAACAACAGAAGCAUCCUGUUCAAAAGACUUUUUCAGGGACAGCCUCUGGCCACAAGUCCAUGGUCCUAAUCAAUAUAAGCCUGCCAAAAACUCUCAUUCUGGGCUGAUAAGAACGCUGCCAGAAUUGAGUUACACCUCUGUUAGCAAAGUGCUAUAUGUCACGUUUAUUAAUGGAAUGCUGCACAUACAGAUUCUCAGCAUCAUAACCACUUGUUCACAACUGCCUGGACGUAUUACAGAGAAACCUACUGAACAGCCUCAAGCGGCUGCUGCAGAGCUUGUGGGACGGGGAAGGCAGAGAGGAGCUCCUGCAGGUCCAGCAACCAAGGCAAAGACAGGAGCUCAAGAGCUCCAGAUUUCAGCUGGAUUUCAGGACAUAUGUAUUGGUGAACGUGGUGGCCGCAGGCGUGAUUUCAAUGAUCUGGGGGUUAAUACACGUCAGUCAAUUGAUCAUGUCAAAGAGUCCAAGACAGGAUCUUCGGGUGUGCCAAUUCAGCUUAGCACCAACCAUAUCAAACUGGUAUCACGACCACAAUGGGUGUUAUACCAGUACCACGUUGGCUUCAAUCCACAGAUGGAAUCCAGGCUCUUGAGAUCUGCCUUGCUUUUUCAACAUGAAGACUUGAUUGGAAAAGCUCGUGCGUUUGAUGGAACAAUAUUAUUUUUGCCCAGAAGACUUGAUAAGGUUAGCGAAGUUUUCAGCCAGACCCGUAAUGGAGAGAACGUGAGGAUUACAAUAACUUUAACAAAUGAGUUACCCCCUACUUCACCUACCUGCUUUCAAUUCUACAACAUCAUUUUCCGAAGACUUCUGAAGAUGAUGAAUAUGAAGCAGAUUGGCCGCAAUUAUUACAACCCUAACGAUCCUAUUGACAUCAAAACUCACCACCUAACUAUAUGGCCAGGCUUCACCACCUCCAUUCUACAGUAUGAAACUAGUAUAAUGUUGUGUAUUGAUGUGAGCCAUAAAGUCCUAAGAAAUGAAACUGUUCUGGAUAUUAUGUACAACUUGUACGGAAAAGUUGGAGCAAAUCACUUUCGUGAUGCAUGUAGCAAGGAAUUAAUCGGGCAGAUUGUUCUCACAAAGUACAACAACAAGACUUACCGUGUUGAUGAUAUCAACUGGGAUUUCUCACCAGAGUCAAAAUUUAAAAAAUCAAACGGAAGUGAAAUAAGCUACAUUGAAUACUACAGAACACAAUACAAUAAGGAAAUUACAGACCAAACACAGCCAUCUGUGAUUCACAAUCCCAAAAAGUCCAAGACCCCAUCUGGUGUUCCUGAAGGACCAAUUCAACUGAUCCCUGAAUUUUGUUACCUGACAGGUUUAACUGAUAAAAUGAGGAGUGAUUUUACUGUGAUGAAAGAUUUGGCAAUACAUACCAGGUUAACACCUGAUCAAAGAGAAAAGCAAAUGGGAAAAUUCUUAAACUAUAUCCACAAGGAUGAAAAUGUUCAGAAAGAACUACGUGACUGGGGAAUUAAUUUUGACACCAAACUUAUGCCAUUUACUGGUCGAAUUGCUCCUCCAGAGAAGAUUUUGCAGGCCAGGGGAACAGCAGAAUACAAUCCUCAGUAUGCAGACUGGUCCAGAGAAAUCAGAGGGCCUACUUUAAUCCGUGUAAAACCUUUAGAAAAAUGGCUGAUGAUCUACACAAAACGGAUUUAUGAUGCUGCUAAUACUCUUGCACAGAAUCUUUUCAGAGUGUCACAACAAAUGGGAAUAAAAAUGAAUAAAGCAGUAAUGGUUGAAGUUGAUGACAGCACUGAUGCAUAUCUGAAAGUUUUACAACAAAAGCUUACGUCUGAUACACAAAUGGUGGUUUGCAUUUUGUCCACUAAUCGCAAGGACAGAUAUGAUGCCAUAAAGAAAUUUCUUUGCGUUGACUUUCCUAUUCCCAGCCAGUGUGUACUCGCUAAGACUUUGAACAAACCUCAAACUGUAGUUUCAGUUGCUACAAAAAUUGCAUUGCAGAUGAAUUGCAAAAUGGGAGGUGAACUCUGGAGUGUAGAAAUACCUUUGAAGGACCUGAUGAUAGUUGGCAUUGAUUGCUACCAUGACACAUUAUCUGGGCGGAGAUCUAUUGGAGGAUUUGUUGCCAGUUUGAACCAAGGCAUGACUCGUUGGUUUUCUCGAUGUGUUCUCCAGGAUCAAAAGCAAGAGAUUGUUGAUGCUCUGAAAAUUUGCAUGCAAGCUGCAUUAAAAGCCUGGUAUUCACACAACAAAAAUCUACCAGCUCGUAUCAUAAUCUAUCGGGAUGGAGUAGGAGAUGGUCAACUGAAAACUUUGGUGGAUUAUGAAAUAACACAGUUUCUGGAUUGCAUUAAGUCUGCCGGGAAAGACUACAGCCCUAAACUAACUGUUGUUGUGGUUAAGAAACGCAUAAAUGCACGAUUCUUUGCACAUGCUGGUGGCAAACUUAAUAACCCGCCGCCUGGGACCAUUGUUGAUGUUGAAGUCACCAGACCCGAAUGGUAUGACUUCUUCAUAAUCAGCCAGGCUGUAAGAGCAGGCACGGUGUCUCCAACUCAUUACAAUGUUGUAUAUGACAGUGGUGCUUUGAAACCGGAUCACAUGCAAAGGUUAACAUACAAACUUUGUCACGUGUACUUCAAUUGGCCUGGUGUAAUCAGAGUACCUGCUCCGUGUCAAUAUGCCCAUAAACUUGCCUUCUUAGUGGGACAGAGUAUUCACAGAGAACCACAUAUAUCGCUUUCUGAGAACCUCUACUAUCUGUGAAUUACACCAAGAAUAAGUCGUACACAU